AUGGCGACGACCUCUUUGGCCUCUCCAGUCCCCCCUUCCCGACGACACAGUCUGACGCCGCCUUCUCGUCGUCCUCUGCGUUCUUCCCCGUUGGCAGGGCCGUCGUUCAAUCUUUCUCCCGACGGUAGGCUCGAAUUGUCCCCCUUGGACGCGGCAAAGGCCAAGCCAAAUAGAAUAUCCUCUACACCAGACUUGCCCUCGCUCAGUGAUGCUCACUUGCAGUUACCCAAACGCAUAUCGACACCGCCAAUGAUACCCAUUAGAUCCUCGUUACCCUCACCUCCUCCGUCACCUCAUAAUGCUUCACACCGUUCAAAGCCUCGCGAUAGCUUUGUUUCUUUGCCAACUCAUACCCAAGUCCCUCACUUUCCUAGAGUUUAUACCUCCAAGUCAACCCCGUCCUCGCCGUCUUCGUCGUAUACAUCUCUUCCGGACCAGUCGUGGCUUACUGCUAAUCCUUACCUCACCACCCCUAAGUUUUCUAGGCUGAGUUUGGGAUCACCUAAUGUCGUAAUGCCAGUGUCGGCGAAAGAGAGAAGAAGAAGCAUGGCUUCGGCGUCUGUAGAUGGGCACACCAAAGUUUCAUCGGCGACCUUUGACACAGAUAGGAAGGCGACGAUGUCAAGACGAAAGUCCAUUGUUUCUAUGUUUUCCAAGUCACCGAAUGUCUCCGUUUCCUCACCCCCUCCAGCACCGCCGACUUCCACGCGCUCCGCAUCUAGUAUCCGUACAUCCCGAAGCUUACGCUCACUGCGGAGCUUUCGCAGCAGACGGUCUACUUCCACAUCCACCUCCGAGUGUGAUGUUAUCGCAGAGAUCCAAGACGAAUUUGGUACAAUCAAGGAGGCAGACGUGAUUUCGGUAUCGGAGUCAGAUUCUGCCUCGUCCGCUCCUUCACUACCAACACCGGCUUCUUCGACCAAGUCGGAUGUAGAUCACACUGAUCCUAUCAUUGAAGUCGGUGUUUGUGUUUUGUCCACCUCUGACUCAUCUCUAAAACCGUUUCAGGAACCACCGACGUCUGCAAUCCCUCCAAGACGCGUAGCUUCACUCCCUCGAUUGUCUACUCUUCUCAAGAGAGCCAGGUCGCAAUCUGUGGGUUCCCCGAAGAAUAAGCCUCGUACCACUCUUCCUCAAUCCCCUUCACUCAAAGAUGUUCAAAGAGCCGCCGCAGAUGACGCGUCAGCUCAUUCACAUAAUGCCGAACCCCCUCUUCCUUUUCCCUCUUCUCUUGAAUCGGUGCCUGCGAGGCAUCCAGCCAUUCAAGUCUUGGAUCAGGUAGUUGUCGCCCCGGCGCCACGAUCAAAACAUACGAAAGGAUUCUCUUUCUUGUCGUUCUCAUCAUCCGAGGAUCAUCAUGAAUACUCUACCCCUGAAAGUGGCAACAACCUGACCACUGAAUUGGUUUGCCAGACACCUACGCCACCUACUCCAACGACACCAAAGCCUACCAUCAGAAGGCAGCCAGCGCCUCCCCCUGUCAUUCCCAUUCCUUCAACACCAACUCGAUCUCCCCCUACGUUGUCAACUGGCGCACAGUUACGCGCUUUGACCCCUUCUCCCACCUGCACGGAAGGAAGUUGCGCGAGUACUUCCCUGGUAACGCCGACUAAUCUCAGUCCGAUAACGCGUCCUCCGUCCUUCCUUGCGGCACGUCCAGUCGUAAAGAGUAAGUCCCAGAGCUUCCUUGGCAUAGCUACGGACGAGACCACGCUUGGACAAUCCCUUUCUGCUCUAAGUUCUCCGGUCAAUCAUCGUCCAACCUCAUGGGUCGUAUCUUCCGAUAUUGCCACACGUCCAUCUUUACGUUCAUCUUCCUCCUUCACGUCGAACUCGCUACCUACUUCGCCUACUCGGCCCCCGUCUACUUUUCCGUCACAAGGUCGCAAGUCGAAGGCAAAGGCGCUCUUACUCCUCGGUAUUGGAGACCUUCCACCUUCAUCUACAAUGCAAAGUGGACAUAAUGCGCUUCCUCCGAUGCCGCCUACACUAUCCCAACCGCAGACCACUACCUCAAGCCCAACGGGUAGUAGCGGUGUAAAGCGAUUAUGGCGCGCCCUGACAAUGAGAAAGACUACCGCUGGCUCCGGCAUGUAGUUUGGGGAUCUACUACGGAAAUUCAUUAUAUUGAAACUAAAACUUUAAUCGCUCUUUGUAUACCGUCUUGAGCACGGACCACUCUCUUGAUGAUACCGUUUUUUCUCCUGAUAUACCUGCCUAUCUAUUCGGGAUUAUUGCAAGGCUCGCCGCUUUGCACUACUUUAUUU